CGUGCAUAUUGUGAAUUGUUUUAGUCGAUAUUUUUUUUUUUUUUGUUAAGAGUUGACACAGCUCGGUAAUGGUGAUGGUAGAAGCUUUUUUUUCUGUGUUAGCACAGGAUUAGUACACUUUUGUGGCCAUUCGCUUAUAUUUCGUACACAUUGUAUUUAUUACAGAUUGUUUCGUCCUUUCCGUGAUUCUUGGGUACCCUGAGACAGACCACUCGAGUGAGAUGUUAAGUGCAGGAACCUGGAAGUUCACUUUAGGUAACAGCAAUGGGGCCCUGUCCGGGAUAAUUACAUCGUCUUCCUACACGUGAGAUACGGAGGAAGCAAGACGUAACAUCUGGUAAUCAAGCCCUUAACACCUGAACAAAGCCCUCAACACCUGGAGAAGCCCUAACACGUACAGAAAGCAGCCCUCACAUGCCGCAGUAGUCAUGGCCACACUCAGGCAGAAGAUAACACCGGCACUAUGUUUAGGACUCCUCUGCCUUGUCUACGUCCUUCUGUUCCUCAUCCCCUCAGACAAACACCUAUGGCUCACCAAACACCUGGCCAACAACACAGUCUUCCAGGUAUCAAGUACGGAGCUGGAAAACCUCCUGGUCACCUGCAGGAACCUUCCAAUCCUCAACACAACAGCUUCCAGGACAAAUGAGCAGGCGGACCCUCGCCCUUUGCCACUUAAGGACCCCCUGCCGCUGCCCUCUAAGUCUGGCUGCUUCCCUUACCUUAGUGAGCUGUACGUUCAGCCGGUUCCAGAGCACGAACAGGGCCCUUACAGCCACGAGGAAUGUCUUGCAGACUGCGACAAGCCUUUCGUCACCGUCAACGAGUCAGGGCGUCUGGGCAACCAGAUGUUUCAGUACGCCAGCCUCUACCUCCUGCGUCACCUGUUUGGAGUCCGAGUGUCCGCGUUGAAAGGGAUGCACGAAAACCUCAACAAAAUCUUCAAAAAUAUAGUCGUACCGGUCACAAACACAAGCUGCUUCCUGGGCAACACUAAGAGCCAUUCCUUCAUGCAAUUGUAUGACAAGCUGUACAGGGCUGCGGCUCGAGUCUGGACCAACAGCACCUCAAAUAUCAUCACAGAACCUCUACUGGACGAUAUAUAUUACGUCUCUGACUACCCCGAACCUCGAGACCUCUUCCUGGAGCACCGGAAGCUGAUUCACACCCUCUUCAAGUUCCGGGACGAGGUGAUGAAGAAUGCCGUACAGAAUAUCAACAACGCUCUCAGGAGUUUCAACGCGACGUAUCACCAAAGGGACUUCCCAAUUGUGACUGUUCAUGUCAGGCGGACGGACUACGAGCGGCACCUGAAGAUAAUCCACAAUCUGACCCAGCUGGGUAAACUCUACUACACCAACGCCUUUGAGUUCUACAAGAAGCGGUUGAAGCGCCCUCUGUUCCUGGUGGUGAGCGACGACCCGAAGUGGUGCAGGGAGAACCUGCAGGCGAAGGACGUGCUGGUCAUUGCCUCCAAGGUCCCAGCUGAAGACAUGGCGGCGAUGAGUUUGGGAGACCACCAUAUUACAAGCUACGGCACCUUCAGCUACAUGGGAGCCUUACUGGGGAAUGGGAACAUAACACAACCCGCUCACCACCAACCCUCGCUACAACUUGGUGAAGUGCGUGGACUCCCCAGUCUUCCACCGCGUUCCAAGGAGCGACAAACAGGAGUAUUAGCGGAGAUGAUUCGGUGUUGGCAAUAAUGUUUUUUCUAAUUUAUUUCAAUUUUCUUGAUUUUUUUUAUUUUAAUAUUAUUGUUGUUGCUUUUAUGGAUGGUGUUUCUCGUGGUCUAUUAUAUAUGUAGAGAGAGAGAGAGAGAGAGAGAGAGAGAGA